AUGGAACUUGGAAAGGUUCAUCUAAACCUGAAGACGCUGCUACUCACAACUAUGAUGUUCAAAUGGGGGAUCUUGUGCACAGCUACCUCAGACAAAUGCCUUUCUGGCCCUUGUCAAAACGCAGCGACAUGUGUGGACACGAUGGACGACUACGCGUGCAUCUGUGCCAGAGACGGAGUGCGCUACAUGGGCAAGCACUGCGACCAGCUCUACGACGCCUGCUCCUUUGCCCCGUGUGAGAAUUGCCUCAGCACCCCGGGCAGCGCAGAAUACCAUUGCAUCUGCCCCGAAGGUCUGACCGGAGAUAACUGCACUGAGAAUGUGGAUGAGUGCCUGAGUAACCCCUGCUCUGCGCCACGCUCCCUCUGCGUGGACCAGCUCAACGGGUACUUUUGCAGGUGUCCAGAGGGCUACGGUGGCCGGGACUGUCGCACACACGUGACAGACUGCAUAGACGAGCCCUGUAGCAACAAUGGCACGUGUUUUCUGAGGCCUGAGGGGUUCGAGUGCCAGUGCGCGCCAGGGUACGAGGGCAGCACCUGUGAGGAGAACCUAAACGAGUGCGCGUCUGACCCGUGCCAAAACGGAGCCAUCUGUCUGGACGGGGUGGCGGAGUUCCAUUGCUUUUGUGUGCCUGGUUUCCAAGGAUAUAACUGUGAGAUUGACAUAAAUGAAUGCGCGUCGCGACCCUGUGAGAACAACGCCACCUGCAUCAAUGAGAAGGACCACUACGAGUGCGAGUGCCUGGAUGGUUUUGCAGGUGUGAACUGUGAGGUAGAAAUCGAUGAGUGUGAAUCGAACCCCUGCAGAAAUGGUGCCACGUGCCACGACCUCAUUGGCAUGUACUCGUGCGAAUGUCCCCCCGGGUUUGAUGGCCUCGACUGUGAGAUCGACCUGGACGAGUGCGAGAGUUUGCCCUGUCAGAAUGGAGCCGUUUGCCACGACAUGAUCAACAGUUAUGCCUGUGACUGCACUGACACUGGAUUUGAAGGGGAAUACUGUGAAGUGGACAUUCUCGAAUGUGCCUCAAACCCGUGCCAACAUGGAGCUACCUGUUUGGAGAAAGUCAAUGGAUACACCUGCGUAUGUUGGCCAGGUUAUGAAGGGAAGAACUGUGAGGUGGAUAUAGAUGAGUGUGCUGAUCAGCCUUGUGAAAAUGGUGGUGAGUGCUUUGAGCGCUCAAAUCCGGCUCAUUGGGAGAUGGACUGGGAGAUGAGAUUUGCUGAUGCAUCUGGAUAUAUUUGCCAGUGUCAGCCAGGAUUUGCAGGCGAGAACUGCUCUGUUAACAUCAACGAGUGUGAGUCUGAGCCCUGCCAGAAUGGAGGAGUAUGUUUGGAUCAGGUCAAUAGUUACAUCUGCGCCUGCUCUGCUGGGUUUUUAGGUCUUCAAUGUGAGGUGAACAUUAAUGAGUGUGAAAGUCAGCCCUGUCUGAACGGAGGCUGGUGCGAAGAUGGUCGAGCGUCAUAUACCUGCCACUGCCCUGACCCGGAGCCAGGCGAGCUGCCCUGGGGCGGACAGCUCUGCCACAUUCGGCUGCAUGGUUGUGUUCAACACCAGUGUCAGAAUGAAGCUAUAUGUAGUCCAUGGCUGCGGGGUGACGAGCACGGCCACACCUGUCUCUGUCAGCAUGGCUUCUAUGACGAACACUGCUCCACCAGGACAACCUUUUCCUUCUCCACACCAGGCCUCAUUCACCUGGAGGUGCCCCUGUUGGAGAGGGAGAGGAGGGAAGUGAACCAUCUGAGUCAUUAUGGGUUUGGAGUGCAGCUAAGGUUCAGGACUACACUACCCAACAUGCUCUUGUUCUUCAGAGGUGAUGAGGAAAACCACCUCUUCUUAGAGAUAGUUAAUGGUGGUCUUUAUGCCAAGGCUUUGUCUGAAGACGCGGAUUUGGAUGUAACAUUUUCUGGACUAGUCAGUGAUGGAGAUUGGAGGGACGCGCAUGUGAUUUUAGAUGACCAGGGUCUUGUUCUAAUAGUCAAAGGCCCUGGAUGUGACAGAGAUGGAUGCAAAGUGAUUGAUGAUGGAGCAGAUGAACCACACUUUGAGCCGGCUUCAGUGUUUUCACAUGUCUACGUGGGUGGGGUUCUUAAUAAGCUUCUCGACACAACUGUUAGCAAAACUCCUUUUAUCGGAUGUAUGGAGGACCUGAUGAUUGACUCUAAAGCCAUUCUGCCUCAGAACCUGCCGGACGACCAGGCCGUUGAGCUCGGCUGCAGUAAGACCUUAUGGUGCGAGCCUGACCCCUGCAGUGCACAUGGACAGUGUGUGGACAUGUGGACCAGCUACUACUGUGACUGCCACAGGCCAUUCUAUGGCGACAGUUGCUCAGAGGAAUACCCUGCAUGGACCUAUAGCCAUGAGAACACUGUAAGCUUCAGUUCAUAUGAGAUUGGUAGGAGCCAUGGCAGCACUUUCAACGUCUCCUUCUUCCUGAGGUCCUUAAAGCCAAAUGGGCUACUGCUUCAGCUGAGACGACCCUCCAAACAGAAUGAGGGAGAGGUUUACUUUUCUGUGUAUCUGGGCAUGGGUCGUUUAUUUGUCAGCUCAUCCAAUAGCAGCCCCCUGACUGCUCCCAUAUUUGUGACAACUGGAGAACAGCAGUUAUUACAUGUUAAUGUGCAGCAAAGGCAGGUUAUCUUUGAGUUUGCAGGCAUACGUUACAACAUUGGGAACUUCCCUGAGGUCAACAUCAAUCAAGGCGACCAGGCCUAUAUAGGAGGACUGCCUGAACUCUGGAGCUCAGACCAAUGGGGUGGACAUUACAAAGGAUGUCUACAGGACGUACGUUUAGGCUCUGUGCAUUUAGGCGUAGGAGAAUGGAAAAUCACCAACCAAGAGGAUGUGUACAUAUCAAGCAGCAAUAAAUAUGUAAAAGACGGAUGUGUAAGCGAUGACACGUGCAAGACAAAGCCUUGCCAUAAUGACGGCAAGUGCACCAUCACAUUCAAUGACUUUACAUGCUCUUGCUCAGAGGAGUACAAGGGCAAGACUUGUGAAACCCGUGUGUGGUGUGUAAGUGGUCCCUGUGUCAAUGGCGGUCACUGUGUAGACCUUCCAGAUGGAUAUGAAUGUUUGCACAAUGCUACAUUCGAGAACAAUGCCGUGCAGUAUAGUGCAGGUGGAUCCAUGGCUGAACCAGUUUCCAGUAUCUACAUUGAAUUCAGGACUCGUUCAGAAAACGCAGUCCUUUUGCGUGCUGCUCGUGGUGGGGACAUGCUCAUGGUGGGAGUGCUGGACUCUUCGGUCCGGUUUGAGGUCCAGAUCGGGAACACAGUGGAGGCUUUGAUUCUGUCCGGAGUGAGGCGUGUGGAUGACGGAAAUUGGCACAGAUUAAAAAUCUCAAUGGCAGAUCAACAGAGGAAGGUCUCCCCCUGGGUCAUCACCGUGGACGGCAUCAUCGACACCAGCAGUUCCCCAGAAGUGACCGGGCGCCUCUACUUCCUCAACCACAAGAGCACCACAUUAGCUAUUGCUCAAAGCUUUACCGGAUGUAUGGGAGCUAUACGCGUUGGUGGCAUCUACCUUCCUUUUGUGGAUGACUACAGAGCUCCUCAGCCAUCGCAGUUUCAUUUAGUGGGAAAACCAAAGAUUCCCUUGGGCUGCAGCAGUGCCCCAGUGUGCAACUCCGGCCCCUGUCUCAAUGGCGGCACUUGUCAGGACCUGUUUAAUAAGUUUGGCUGCACGUGCGACUCUGGCUGGGAGGGGGAGCGGUGCGAGCUGGACACUGAUGACUGUGUGUCUCAGCCCUGUAUUCACGGGAGCUGCAAGGACUACUUAGCUGGAUUUGAGUGCCAGUGUCACCCAGGAUACACAGGCAGCCUCUGCGACCAAGACGUGGACGAAUGUGAGCGUCACUCCUGUCAGAACGGUGGCACGUGUCAGGACGGUCCCAACAUGUACACCUGCAUAUGCCCCCAUGAUUACAGUGGCCCUCUCUGCCAAUGGAGUUAUCCCCCAGAGCAGUGUGGUCAGGAUGUGCGGUGCAUGAAUGACGGGAUUUGUCAUGAUGGUUUAUGGGGCGCCAACUGCACUUGCAUGCCUGGUUUUACAGGGCUCUGGUGUGAAAUGGAAAUAAAUGAAUGUGAGUCGAAUCCAUGUCGAAAUGGCGGUUCUUGUGUGGAUCAUUUCAACAUGUUUGUCUGUGAGUGUCCACCUGGUUUCAGUGGACCAACUUGUGACGCAAAUAAAAGGGCUCAUAAAAAGGGUGUCCCGUGGCUGCUGGUGGCCAUCCCUCUGCUCUGUUUGAGUGUUCUCAUCGUUAUUAUUGGACUGACGUUUAUGGUUCUGACAGCGAGGAAGAAGCGGCAGUCGGAGGGCGCGUACAGCCCCAGUGCUCAGGAGUUUGCCGGCGCUCGUCUGGAGAUGGACAGUAUGCUCAAAGUGCCACCAGAGGAGAGGCUCAUUUAG